ACUAAAAAAAUGCGAAUUUCGAAGCAGACAUCGAAAUAAGUUUUAUUGUUUUCGUACGAAAAAAAAGAAAGCAAAUAUAUUAAAACACGUUAAGUAGUAUAUCAAACAAAAGGACAAAGGACCUUUAAACGGCGGCAUACUGUAAACAAAGAAAUAAAUUGCCAUUACAUCAAAGUGAAUCAUUCAUCGAACGACAAAGCAAGGAGUAAGACACGCUUUAUUAGAAGGUCCGAGCAUAAAGUUGCGGUAGUUGCCCAUUGAGGUAUAACAUCAAGACAAGCUGAUUUCCAACGAAAUAAAUCUUCAUUAUGAAUAAACGCAACAAUAUACGUUUACCUCCAGAGGUCAAUCGCCUUUUGUAUGUACGUAACUUACCCUACAAAAUCACAUCUGAAGAAAUGUACGAUAUAUUUGGAAAGUUUGGUGCCAUACGACAAAUACGAGUUGGCAACACACCUGAGACCCGUGGUACUGCCUUUGUUGUCUAUGAAGAUAUUUUUGAUGCCAAAAAUGCUUGUGAUCACUUGUCUGGCUUCAAUGUAUGUAAUCGUUAUCUUGUGGUGUUGUACUAUCAAUCGAACAAGGCAUUCAAACGUUUAGAUGUGGACAAGAAGCAGGAGGAAUUGAAUAACAUCAAAACGAAAUACAAUUUAAAAACACCGGAACAACCUUGAAAUCUUUCCUAAAUUUCUGUUACUUUUUCUCUCAAUUUAAUUUUUCUUAUAACGUUUCGAUUUUUUUUCAUAUUUAUUUGCAAAUUCAUAAAGUUUUUGCAAAUUCUCUAUAAAUUUUUUGUUUCAUGUUUUUAUAUUUUACUUCAUCAUCUCAUUAAAAACAUUUUCAUUAAGACUGUAGUCAGGAAACUGUGUAUACUAAUCCUGAUUCAAUUUAUCAUAAUCAUCAAUCAUUUAAUACAAGUAUUCAUUCUCAUCAUAAAAAAUAACAAGCAAAUGUAAAAUUAACAAAAAAAAAGCAAAAUAGAAACAAACAUAAA